AUAUAGCCUUCUGUCACGGUGUAUUUCCUUAUAGCUGGCGAUGUAUUCAAGGAACCUUUGGUCUCUUCUUCAAAUCAUUGCACUAUCCGAGUGUUUGUAUAUAUUCCCUGAAUAUACACACUCAUAGUUCGUGUGCAGCCUUAUGAGUAUACGUCCUUGUCCGCUGGAAACAAGAGAGGUGAUUGUGCCUGGAGAAGUUAUGGAUCCGACCAAAUCAGGGUUCCUGUUCAAGAAAAACAUGAACCCAUGUCCAGACGUGGGCCUGACCUUGGGGAGCUGUUGCAGCGUAGUGGAGAUCGAAAGCUCAACGGUCUCCACCAGCGAGCGCAGUGCAGAAGAGGGCGGAAGCACCUGCAUGACAGACUCCUCCUCCUCCUCCUCCCAUUCCCACUCCCACUCCAACCCCCCAUCUGAAUCCAUCCUCCUAGACCGAAUGGGGAGCGGAAUAAGCAGCGUAGUUUCAGGAGACUCCCUCAACAAGAACAACACAACAACACCCAAUAAUAUCCCCUCACAACCAGCAGUCCACAGGACAGAACCAGGAAAACUUCCCUCCUCCCAUUACAAAGGCGUCGUCCCUCAGCCAAACGGCCGCUGGGGAGCCCAAAUCUACGAAAAACACCAGCGGGUCUGGCUGGGCACAUUCAACGGCGAAGAAGAAGCCGCCAGGGCAUACGACACAGCCGCCUUCAAAUUCCGGGGUCGGGACGCCAUUACCAAUUUCACCCCUCUGGACGAGCACAACCCAGAGGCCCAAUUCCUCCGCCGCCAUUCCAAGGCCGAAAUCGUCGACAUGCUCAGAAAACACACCUUCCAAGACGAGCUCAACCAAUCGACCCAAAAAACCAGCACAACCAUGAAUGGAAAUUCCUCGACCUCCGACUCCCAGACCACGGGUUCGAGUCCCGCCCGAAGGGCAAACAUGGGAAUUCUCCCGAGGGAACACAUGUUCGACAAGACCGUUACGCCCAGCGACGUGGGAAAACUCAACCGCCUCGUGAUUCCAAAGCAGCACGCCGAAAAAUACUUUCCUCUGGAUGUUGGGUCGGGCGGAAAAGGCAUUUUGAUGAGCUUUGAGGACUCCACAGAGAAAACAUGGCGGUUCAGGUAUUCAUACUGGAACAGCAGCCAGAGCUAUGUGCUCACUAAGGGAUGGAGCCGUUACGUUAAGGAGAAGCGCCUCCAGGCUGGUGAUGUCGUGAGCUUCGAGCGCGCCGCCGGCGCCAGGUUUCUAUUUAUCGGAUUCCGCCGGCGGCCGGCGGUUGCGCCGCCCAAACUGGCGGUUCCCGGUGGGUUUUUUCUGCCUUUCGCGGGCUACCGGCAGUGGAGUCAGGCGUUCUGCUCGCCGCCGCCGGUCGGGCUGACAGCUGUCGCCCGCAGUUCGAUUCCCAUAGUACCGGGUUGUUCUAGUUUUGAUUGUUUGAAGCCGUCUCCAUCCAUGAAAUCGUCGUCAAUGGACGGGAAAUGUUUUUCUUUGUCAAUCGAUGCGAGGAAUUCGUCGCUGGAAUUUGUGGAGCUUGGAAGGGAGAAUUCUUCGUCUUCGGGUGUUUCUCUGUUUGGUACCAGUUUGGGUCGAUCGAUGCCUUUGUUGACAUUGAAUCUUUUUCCGUCUAGUGUAGAUGAGGAAGAGCAAUGGAGGGAUUCUCAGAGUGGGAAGCGAAAAGGGGCGGAGCCGUUUGAAUUUCAGGUCGAGAAAAAGCAGUGCCGACAUGUGUGGUCAUGAUCGAUCUCCGAAGGAGAUCUCUGUCUGUAAAUUGUAAGAUAUAGAGAUAUGAUCCGGGAUUGUUCUGUAUAUUCACUAUGUUUGCUGCUAAAAUUUUGUGAACAGACAUGGGCAAAUGUAUUUUCCAGUUUCGAGCAUCUUAAUUUCGCGUUUUUUAAAAUUUUAUGUAGCAAUUUCAAAUGGAAAUGGCUAUCCAGUCUCUAGGAUGCCUCACAUAAUAAACAAUUAUUUAGUCA